AUGAAAUGGUCUGUCUGGGAUAUUUCAGCCUUUAGAACCCGGGCAUGUGGGAGCUACCUUGCCCUUCCAGGUUUCACCGCACUGCAACAUGUAUCCGACACGACUGCUGACAGGAGAAUUAAACUUAUUACACUGCGGGGCGAUGGGUGUAGCAUUUCGCCCGGAGGCGUGCAUCCCGCUGACGUCCCGCCCUCUGUCCGCAGCCAGUACCUCCUGGGCAGCAACGCGCAGGCCUCGGCCGAGCAGAGGAAGGGCAGGUUCCCCAUCUGGCCGGAGUGGAGCGAAGUCGACAUAAACGCAGAGAAGUGGGACGCGGGCAAGACUGGAAAAGAGAAGGACAAGACGGCCAAGAGCCCCGUAUUUCAUUUUUUUGAAGACCCUGAAGGCAAGAUUGAAUUACCACCAUCACUGAAAGUUUAUUCCUGGAAACGUCCACAGGAUUUUUUAAUUAAUAAGGUUCCAGUAGUUGUGAAGGAUGAAACCCAGUUUGACUUGUUUUCAGUAAAUGAACACUUACUCUGCAGUGAGCUGAUGAGAUGGAUCAUCAGCGAAAUCUAUGCAGUGUGGAAGAUAUUCAACGAUAAUUUUAAAGGGACUACAGGGGAAUCUCCUCUUCUCAUCUGGAAGCCCUGGGAACACAUAUACUCUCUCUGCAAAGCUGUGAAGGGCCACAUUCCUUUGUUCAAUAGCUAUGGAAAGUAUGUUGUGAAACUUUACUGGAUGGGUUGCUGGAGAAAGAUAACCAUUGAUGACUUCCUGCCUUUUGACGAAGAUAACAAUCUAUUGCUUCCAGCUACAACUUGUGAAUUUGAACUCUGGCCAGUGCUUUUGUCUAAAGCAAUCAUUAAGCUGGCAAAUGUCGACAUCCACAUGGCAGAGAAGAGAGAGCUGGGCGAGUGCACCGUGAUUCAUGCGCUUACAGGCUGGUUACCGGAAGUCAUUCCUCUCCACCCACGAUAUAUGGACAAAGUUUGGGAGCUCUUGAAAGAGAUACUGCCUGAAUUUAAGCUGACGGAUGAGUCCAGCUCUGAGAGCAAAAUAACAGAGGUAGACACCAAAGUGAAAGAACCAGUGAAAGACGUGAAGGAUGGGAAAGAAGUGAAAAAUGGGAAAGAAGCGAAAAAUGGGAAAGAAGUGAAAGACACCAAGGAAUUCAAACCUGAACCUUCAGUUACAACGCUAAAAUCACUUGAGAAAAGUGACAGAUUUAUGAAGGAGAAAGCGGAUACAAAGGACAUUGGGAAGAAGCGAAGCAAAGACGGAGAGAAGGAGAGGUUCAAGUGGUCCUUCCACGGCUCCAGGCCCUCGUCGGACGUGCAGUACUCUCUGCUGUCCCUGUCCGACUCUUCUUCAUCAGCACAGUCGCCCCACAUGGUUGUGUAUGCCACCUUUACACCUCUCUAUUUGUUUGAAAAGAAGAUCUUUUCACUAGAGACGAUGGCCACUUCUGCUGAGAAGCUCAGAGAAUAUGGCCUGUCCCACAUCUGCAGCCAUCCUGUGCUGGUGACCAGGACGAGGUCGUGCCCUCUUAUAGCACCCCCGAAACCACCCCCGGUGCCCCCCUGGAAACUCUUUCGUCAAAAAAAGAAAACUGUUAUAACAGAUGAACCUCAAGAAAUAAUAAUAAAGAAGCCUGACCAGUUUCUUGAGAUAUCAAGUCCGUUUCUGAAUUAUAGAAUGACUCCAUUUACAAUCCCAACAGAAACUCACUUUGUACAAUCUUUUAUUAAGAAAGGGAUGCCUCCAGUAUCUGGUUUAUCUCCCCUGACGGAAAACGAUGAAGCUGCAACCUCUGCCCAGCCGGACUUGGGUCAGGUGACAGGAACGACGUCUCAGGGCAAUAUUACUUCACAAGCUGUACAUGGAAAAGAUGAGCUAACAGACCUUGGAUUGAAUGACUCAGCCCCUCCAGCUGACGGGUUGAAUUUGGAAAAAGACCCAGUGAGCCAGACAGCAGCACAGGACAAGUCUCAGGAGGAAGUUACAGCAAUGAAUACGAGUGUUUCCAAAGAAAUAUGGUUAGACUUCGAUGACUUCUGUGUAUGCUUUCAAAAUCUAUAUAUUUUCCACAAGCCAAGUUCAUAUUCCUCCAACUUUCAAAAAACAGAAUUCAAGUUCUCAGAUGAGCGAGUGACCUACUACCUCUUUGUGGACAGUGUAAAACCUAUUGAACUGCUCAUCUGCUUUUCUGCCUUGGUACGCUGGGGAGAAUCUGGAGCUCUUACAAAAGACAGCCCCCACAUAGAGCCUGGACUCCUUACAGUUGAAACAUUUUCUUGGAAAUCUCUGAAGCCACGUGAUCUCAUUAUGAAGAUUCAUACUUAUAAUACCAAGGCUUCUAUGGUUCGCCUGCCUGUUGGGAGGCACCUGCUGCUGCUCACCGCCUACUCCCCGGUGGGCCACUCCCUGCACAUCUGCAGCCUGGUCAACUUUGUCAUCGGCGAUGAAGACGUCGUGCUGCCCAACUUUGAGCCGGAGAGCUUCCGAUUCACAGAGCAGUCUCUCACGAUUUUCAAGGCCAUCGGAAACGUGAUCACUAACUUCAAAGAUAAGGCUAAGCUCCCUGCGGCUCUGAAGGACCUGCAGGCAGCCCUCUACCCUGUGCCCCUGCACAGCAAGGAGCUGACGGCCCAGCACUACAGGGUUUUUUGCACUUCCUUAUGGCGUUUAAUGAAAAAAGCUCAACUAACAAAAGCUCCUUCAAACUUUAAAUUUGCAUUCCAUGCUUUAGUUUUCGACUUUGAAACUCUCGACUCCCCCUUGGAAGAGGCUUCUUUAGGGGAAUGGGUGGAUGUGAAAUACUGUGUGCCAGUGAAUGAUCAAGAAGCAGUGGCGGCAGCGAUUAAAAUUCAGGCCGUGUGGCGGGGGAAUUACGUCAGAAUGCUUAUGAGAGCCAGGACACCGGACACAAAGGAAAAUGCCAGUGUUGCAGAUACUCUUCAAAAAGUUUGGACUAUACUGGAAAUUAAUAUAGAACAGUACGCAGUUUCUCUCUUAAGACUAAUGUUUAAAAGCAAGUGCAAGUCUAUUGAAUCUUAUCCAUGCUAUCAAGAUGAAGAAACUAAGAUUGCUUUUGCUGACUAUACUGUAACUUACCCAGACCAGCCACCAAAUAGUUGGUUUAUAGUAUUCAGAGAAAUAUUUUUGGUUCAUCAAGAUAUGGUUUUGGUUCCCAAAAUAUAUACUACACUUCCGGUCUGUAUGCUCCACGUUGUUAACAAUGACACAAUGGAACAAGUGCCAAAGUUAUUCCAAAGAGUGGUGCCUUAUCUUUAUGCCAAGAAUAAGAAAGGAUACACAUUUGUGGCUGAAGCAUACACUGCUGACACAUAUGUGUUAGCCUCACGAUGGAAACUGCGUCUCAUUGGUUCUUACAACCCUCUGCCUAGCCUCUCUCGAGAUUUUCCAUGCAGCACCUUUAUCAUAAAAGAAAUCCGGGAUUACUAUAUACCCAACGACAAGAAAAUUUUAUUCAGAUAUUCAGUGAGAGCUGCUUUACCAUAUCCUGUUACGAUUCAAGUGCGCACGUCCAAGCCAGAUGUAUUCGUCAAGUUACAGAUCCUAGAAAACGAAGAAGCUAUCGUGAGCUCCACUGGGAAAGGCCAAGCUAUAAUUCCAGUGUUUAACUUCUUGGGAAAUGAAAAAACUCUGAGCUCUCAGUCUAGCAAGCAAGUUCUUUUAAUGCAUGCUCAAGCCAAGAAAGAUCAAGAAAUGAAUGCUAAGAAGAAGUCUACCCAGGGAGGUCCGAAAUCCUACAAGGGUAGACCAGGAAGUGCAAUGGUCGACUCCGGACAGCUGACUUUGGAAGAGGACUCUGGCAAUAUGCCCACUCUAGAGGAAAAUGCUAGCGUACCACAGCAGGGGUAUAAGUAUAUUAUACAGUGUUUGAUAUUGUAUAACAGUUGGCCUCUCACUGAAAGUCAACAGGUGUUUGUUCAAGCACUAAAAGACCUGGAGAAAAGUGAUAACAAAGCUCACAGAGAGAAACAUGAGGAAUUAAUGCCCAUGGGAAGCCCAGAUUCCCAUCCUGUUAGUGAGGGGCAAAAGUCUUCAGGAGGAUCCAAAACAACAAGGAAAGGCAAAGAAAAGUCUGAGAGAGACAAGACAGCCAAAGAAAAACAAACACCUCGCUUUGACUCUCAGAUGUCCACUAUGCACUCCCAGCAAGAAGACCCAAAUAAACCCUACUGGACCCUGAAGUUGGUCACUGAGCACAGCGAAGCAGAAUUCCUCGAGGUGAAAAGGGACACUGAGCGAGCAGAUGAGAUCCGGGCCAUGAAGCAGGCAUGGGAGACGGCGGAGCCAGGAAGAGCGAUCAAGGCUUCUCAGGCUCGUCUGCACUACCUCAGCCGGUUCCUGAAGAAGUCCCCCGAAGCCGAGGGCGUCCCGGCCACUCUGUCUGAGAGCCAGUUGCGAGUGGACGAAGAAACAUCUGCAUGUUCCACAAAAGAGUCAGAAACAAAGAGUUCUGGGAAUGUGGAGAGCAGAGAGGCAGCGCAGUGGAGGAGCAUGCUGUGGAAGAAGCGGCAGGCGACGCAGAGCCUGAAGGACCUGGCCAACUCGGUCAGCAGGGAGAGCAAAGCCCAGGAGCAGGACGAGUCGGCGCGGAAGGAGAACAUCAGGCCUAGUUCACGAUCUCAAACAAUUUUGGAAAUGUCUCCACGACUUAUUCGAAAAGCACUAGAAAGUGUAGAUUUAACUCAAUAUAUACGGAGAACAAACUCGGAGCCUCUGCUGCAAACGGAGGAGCUGAGUCAGCAGCAGGCAAUGCAGAAGGCAGAGGAGGUCCACCAGUUCCGACAGUACCGGGCCAGGGUCCUAAGCAUUCGCGAAAUCGACCAAGAGGAGCGGGUUAAGCUGCAGGAGAAGAUCCUGGAGAUGUACGCGGAAAUGCGGGACAACUUAGAUGACUCCCGGCAGAAGAUCUUCAGCAUCCGGGAAGAGUAUAGAAACAAGCUGCUGGAAGCUGAGCGCCUGAGGCUGGAGGCUCAGGCCGCAGAGGAGGCGGCCCUCUGGGCAGAGUCAGAGAAGAAGAGCGUGGCCCUUGACAAAGACAAAAAGAAGAAAGGAAAGAAAAAGUAACCGGGAGAUGCCCAGUGCGACUUCUCUUCUGAAGAAAAUCCUAUUUUUCAUUAUCUAUAGCUUUGCCUGUUGAUAGAAAAUUAAGAAGUUAAAAAAUAGAUUUCCUACCUUAGAAAUAGUUACUGUAUUUUAAUAUGAAUUUGUUAGCUGUUCUCAGGAAGCUUUGUUUGAAGCCAUUCUAGUUUAAAUUUGUCUAACUUCAAUAAAAAUGCCUCAAGUAUAUAGAAUGUAAUAAAAUGUAUGUCUCACUCGGAAUUGCUGCAUUUUUCGCUAACACUAAAGCAAGAUCAUAAAUGAGCCAACAGAAAUGCCUUGGAAAAAUUCAACAGUGAGUGAAAUAGCUAUUGUUCUUAGAGAAAAUUUUGUCUCUAACUUUAAAGACAUUAAAAUAUUUAAAAAUACGUUUCAGACUUGUGUGUGGUUUUUUCUAAGCUGAAUGUCAAUAAAUCUCCCUCACUGGGCAAGAACUAUUGUGGGUUAAGCUCACCCAAAGUGUUAGAACUCUGAACCCUAACAGUGAGUCAUGGUAACCCAGGCGUAGAGAAUGU